AUGGCGGGCAUUGGUAAGACUACUCUUGCCAAGAAACUCUUUCAAGAUCCAUUCAUUGUGAGUUGUUAUAGCAAGCUCGUGUUCGUGACCAUAGGCCCUAAAUAUCGACUAGCAGAUAUCUUGGUGGAUAUUCUAACACAAGUGAAUCCCGACAUUGAUGAAAUAAUGCUUAUGAAAGGAGAAAAAGGAUUAGCUGGAUUGAAAAGAAUGGUUCAAGAAAGUUUAAAGUAUUUGAGAUACUUGAUCGUGUUGGAUGAUGUAUGGGAAAUAGACCUCUGUUUUGUGUUGUUGGAGUUAUUUCCAGACGACAAAAAUAGAAGUCGAGUGUUGGUCACAACUAGGAUGCAAGAAGUAGCUGAUUGUGCUAAGCCUUUGAAUAUUUGCAAUAUACCCUUCCUUGAUAAGAAAGAAAGUUGGGAUCUUCUUCGCGAGAAGGUGUUUGGUGAAGAAGAACCGUGCUCUUAUAGACUUGAGAAAGCUGGAAAGAAGAUUGCCGAGAAUUGUGAAGGUCUUCCUCUUACAAUCAUCACGGUUGCCAAUAUCCUGUCAAAAGUUGACAAGACAAUAGAGUACUGGAACGAGGUAGCGGAUGAUAAACGAAAUUCAGUAUACAAGGAUGCAUAUGAACAAAUGUCAAAGGUACUAUAUCCAAGCUAUGACUACUUAGAUCAACAUUUAAAAGCAUGUUUUCUCUACAUUGGAGCUUUCCCACAAAUUUUUUUACUAGACGUGUCCCAACUAGCCAACUUGUCGAGUGCUGAAGGAUUUCUUAACUCAGAAUCAGUGCAUUACUAUGAGGAGACCAUGGAUUAUGCAUAUGAUAGCUAUGGAUAUUUUGAUGACCUUUAUGCCACAAAUGUUAUCAUGUUCGACAAUGAAACAUUUGAUUUUUACCUUCAUUCGUCCUUUUGGUACUUGUGUAACAAAGAAGCUGCCAGGACCAAGUUUUUCUAUGCCUUAAAUUGCCAUGGCGAUACUCUACCGGAAGAAGGUAUAGAAAGCCAGCGCCGAUUGUGCAUCCGUAAUAAUGUUCUACUUGCCAUCAAAGAUGUGCACAACUCAAUUGCAUCUGAUUCAAAGGUACGAUCUCUUCUUUGUACAGAUUAUUUUCAUAAAUAUCCAGUACCGCUGUUUUUGGAACAUUUGAGGUUGCUGAGGGUAUUGGAUGCUCGUUCUAUUAGAUUCUAUGAGUUCCCGAUGGAAGUAUUGAAACUAGUUCAAUUAAGAUACCUCGCCCUCCUUUAUAAUGGAAACCUCCCUUCUUCCAUUUCCAAACUCUGGAACCUUCAAAACUUGAUUGUUGUUCGACAUCUAAGGAUAGUAAAAUCUGUUGGGAAUCUAUUGUAUCUGCCUAUUGAGAUAUGGAAUAUGAAUGAAUUGAAGUAUCUUUACACAUGCGGAAGAGACCUACCACAUCCUUGUUGUGAAGGAUCUCUCCUACCAAACCUAUUAAAACUAAGUGGUGUCGGUCCUCAAAGUUGUGCCAAAUCUGUGCUCGAAAAAAUCCCUAAAUUGAAGGCGUUAUCGAUUGAUAUCGAGCUGGCUCCUGAUGCUACAGAGCCCUUGACAUGCUUUGAUCACAUUUCCCAUCUCCAUCAACUACAAGAACUAGGAUGUUACAUUAUGAAUCCUACAUUGAAGACAGAGGUUGUUACCCCACUUGCUCCUCUUUCAGACUUCCCAUCAAGUCUUACAAAGUUAACUUUGAACGGCUUAGGAUAUCAGUGGGAAGAAAUGAGAAAGAUUUCUUCAUUGCCAAAUCUUACUCGUCUCUACCUGGAAUGCUAUGCCUUUCGAGGCCCAAAAUGGGAGGUUCGUGACAACGAAUUCCAAAGUCUCUUACAUCUUGAGUUUGAAGACAUCGAUCUGGAGCAAUGGACAUUUGAAAAUUGUCUAUGCCUCCCUGUGAUUGAGAGCCUUCGCAUCGCACAUUGCUACAAGUUAAAAGAGAUCCCUCUCACAUUUGGUAAAUCUCUUGUACGCAUUCAAGUAGUCGAAUGCAACCCUAUGGCUGUGAAAUGUGCAAUCAAGUUAAAAGAGGAGUGGGACGACAAAUAUGCUAAUCGUGAACGUUUGUUACAACUUGAUGUUCGUUCUUCACUGUAA